CCGCCCCGGGCCUGAGGCCGCCGCCCGCGCCUGCCCGCCGGGCCCUCUGACGCGGCCAUGGACAAGAGCUCGAGCUGCGAGAGCCUCGGCCCCCCGCUGGCCGCCGCGCGGCCGCCCAGCGCCGAUUCCCUGUCCAGUUAAUGUGGUAAGAGCCACUGACAUUUGAAGAUCAUCAGAAGUGAAGAUAAAAGAUAAAACAUCUCAAAAAUUUUAAUCGCUUCCACGUCGCACUCCGAGGGCUCCGGGCAUGCCCAGUCCGCUUCUGUGGCCUCUUCGGAUUCCAUCGCCACCUCUGCAGACAACUUCUCUCCUGAUCUGAGGGUCCUGCGAGAGUCUAACAAGUUAGCGGAGAUGGAAGAGCCGCCCUUGCUCCCGGGAGAGAGCCUCAAGGACAUGGCCAAAGAUGUCACGUACAUCUGUCCAUUCACGGGGGCCGUGCGAGGGACUCUGACUGUCACCAAUUACAGGCUCUACUUCAAGAGUGUGGACCGGGAUCCCCCAUUUGUUCUAGAUGCUUCCCUCGGGGUGAUAAGCCGAGUAGAGAAAAUUGGUGGCGCCUCUAGUCGCGGCGAGAACUCGUAUGGCCUGGAGACUGCCUGCAAGGAUAUUCGAAAUUUACGGUUUGCUCAUAAGCCUGAAGGACGAACGAGAAGAUCCAUUUUUGAGAAUCUCAUGAAAUACGCAUUUCCCGUCUCUAAUAACCUGCCUUUGUUUGCAUUUGAAUACAAAGAGGAGUUUCCUGAAAAUGGGUGGAAGCUCUACGACCCCCUUUUAGAGUACAAAAGGCAGGGAAUUCCAAAUGAGAGCUGGAGGGUCACAAGGAUAAAUGAGCGCUACGAGCUCUGUGAUACAUACCCUGCCCUCCUGGUUGUCCCAGCUAAUAUUCCUGAUGAAGAGCUGAAGAGAGUGGCUGCCUUCCGGUCCCGGGGCCGGAUCCCAGUUCUGUCCUGGAUCCACCCUGAGAGCCAAGCCACCAUCACACGCUGCAGCCAGCCACUAGUGGGUGUGAGCGGCAAGCGGAGCAAAGACGAUGAGAAGUACCUGCAGGCCAUCAUGGACUCCAACGCCCAGUCCCACAAGAUCUUCAUCUUCGAUGCGAGGCCAAGCGUCAAUGCCGUGGCCAACAAGGCCAAGGGUGGAGGAUAUGAAAGCGAGGACGCAUACCAAAACGCAGAGCUGGUGUUUCUGGAUAUCCACAAUAUCCACGUGAUGAGAGAGUCCUUACGUAAGCUCAAGGAGAUCGUGUACCCCAACAUUGAGGAAACUCACUGGUUGUCCAACUUGGAAUCUACACACUGGCUUGAACAUAUCAAGCUGAUCCUCGCGGGGGCGCUUCGGAUCGCAGACAGGGUAGAGUCAGGGAAGACAUCAGUGGUGGUGCACUGCAGUGAUGGCUGGGACCGCACGGCACAGCUCACAUCCCUGGCCAUGCUCAUGCUGGACGGCUACUACCGGACCCUGCGGGGCUUCCAAGUCCUCGUGGAGAAGGAAUGGCUCAGCUUCGGGCAUCGCUUUCAGCUUAGACUUGGCCAUGGAGACAAGAACCACGCAGAUGCAGACCGGUCACCAGUCUUCCUGCAGUUCAUCGACUGUGUCUGGCAGAUGACAAGACAGUUUCCCACUGCAUUUGAGUUCAAUGAGUAUUUCCUCAUCACCAUUUUGGACCACCUGUAUAGCUGUUUGUUUGGAACAUUUCUCUGUAACAGUGAACAGCAGAGAGGAAAGGAGAAUCUCCCCAAAAGAACUGUGUCGCUGUGGUCAUAUGUGAACAGCCAGCCGGAGGACUUCAGCAACCCUCUCUACGGCAGCUACUCCAAUCACGUCCUUUACCCAGUAGCCAGCAUGCGCCACCUGGAGCUCUGGGUGGGCUAUUAUGUGAGGUGGAACCCACGGAUGAAACCACAGGAGCCCAUUCACAACAGAUAUAAAGAACUUCUGGCUAAGCGAGCAGAGCUCCAGAAGAAGGUUGAGGAACUACAGAGAGAGAUCUCCAACCGAUCCACCUCAUCCUCCGAGAGGGCCAGCCCCCCCGCGCAGUGUGUCACACCUGUGCAGACUGUGGUCUGAAGGACACUGAAGAUGUUGCCACAGACUGGACUGCAGUGGCAGUUUCACGCCUAUUUAUUUCUGAUCAUCUAUGUGUUUAGAACUCUAGCAGCACCCCAUGUGAACCUGAAUAGGACACAUCAAAGUCAUUCCCCCCGACCCCCCACCCCCAAUGAUUAUUAAAAUUCUGGGACCAUGAGGAAAUGAUGUCUGGUAAGCUUAUAAGAGAAACUACUCAGAAACACACCUCUUCUGCAGAGGGAAGUGAGCAGGGAGACACCUGGAGCACGCUCCCCACACACCCGUGUCCUGAUUACAAAAGGCAGAGCCUUGAGACACUACAUAGAACAGGAGUUGGAGUUAAUUGCCACUAUUUAUGUACUUAUUUAAGUAGGUGCUAGCUGUCUAGGAACUCAGAGAAUUCCACAUCCUUCAGAAUAGUUUCCCUUUGCUCAGUUACUAGAAACACCAUGGGGGGGGGGGGUUCAAACUAACGCACCCACUUUCUGUUGCCUUUUUCCUGAAGUCUGUUUAAUACAGCUUACAUUUACGAUACUUCUUUUUCCUACUUCUUCCUUUGUCCAUGAUAUCAUUCCAUGGAAUGAUUUGAUCUACCAAAGAACUUCCUGCCUGUGGGCGUUACCAUCUCACUGCCCACCCUGGAAGAAUUUGUGCUGCCCAAUAGCAGCAUGCUCCCUGCUGGCUGCUGACCCGACAAAAGGCCCUGGUCAUGUACUAUGAAUGUCUCCUAGGUUUGUAAUUACAAUUAAAAGAAAAUUCCAAUUGAC